CACGAGUAAUGAGAAUAAAUAUAAUUGCUGUUAAUUCAGGUUCAAUACCGCGUACUAUAAGAAGGUGUCGAACUUAUCGCAAUCUUGUUGGUCAAGUUUUAUUAAAUUCUUCCACGACAACAGAUCAAAUCAACGAUAGAAUUGAAGAAGAAGAAGAGGAAGACAUGGCCGAAGAUAGUUUAAAUCAAUCUAAUGAAUCUACGUCACAAAAUAUGAUACAGAAAGAAAGAACUAAUAAUAUUCUCUGGCGGAAAAAUUUGCAAGAAGAUUUAACUGACAAAGAAGAAGAAGAAGAAGGUGAAGAAGAAGAAGAAGAAGUAGAAGAUGAAGAUGAAAUCGAAGAAGCUACUUUACAAUCACAAAAUAACAAUUCAGUAUUGCAAACGAACCAAUCGAGUUCUUUAGAUCCUCCGGAAAUAAAAGUAACGAUGGACGAUAGUCUUUUGCAAAUGGCACAUGAGUAUCGAGAGAAUUUCAAUGGAUUUGCUGAAAUAAAUCGGUUUGAUAGUAUUGAAGAAUUGCACGACUUUAUCAAAAAUACUUUGAAAAUAUCCGCGGAUUCAAAAAAUAAAAAUUUUGAUUCGAAAAAUUUGUAUAAUCAGGAAGUUUAUUUAAACAUUUUGUUAAAUCAACGGCCGGAAGAACGCUUUAGAAAAUUAUUGGAUAUAAGUCGGGUAACGGUACGACGUUUGCUAGCGAGAAAUGAAGAUAUUUUGAAAGAAUUAUUUGCGUCGGCGAGUUUAGAUAUUUUUCCUAGUCCCCUAGCUCCUACUGAUGGAAUGGACGAGGGUGUUGAUGAAGACGUUAUUUGUCAAAAUCCGCAGGAUGACGAAGUUAAUGAAAAUAUGAAACGAUGGUACAUGAUUGAAAUGAUUGGCCUGUGGUUGAAUAUGAUCACUGAUAUUACGAGUUACCGAGAAGCUAUUAAGAAACGAGUGCUGAUGAAUAGUUGGGGCAUUGAAAAUGACCAAUAUGAGGGAAUUGCCGUACCUUUGAAGUACAAAUAAUAUUAUCGAUGUUUAUAAAAUU